AUGUCGUGAAAGGAGCACGAUGUCCCCGAGGUGGAGGCGGCAGCAGGCGGCAGCCCCUUCUUGGCAGGAGUGGGCAGGGACGAGCUCCCCAGCGAGAACCCCGACAGGACGGAGGGUCUGCCAGUGGCCCCCCGGCCCGGCACAGAGGCGGCGCUGGACGGCCAGGCCUCCCGCUACUUUGCCUCGCUGGACGCCAGCGUCGGGGGCCUGCAGCAGCGCGCCCAGCAGCUGAUCGACAGAGUGAACGACAGCCGAAAGGAGGAUCACACCGUCAUGAGUGGCUUCAGGGAGAGCCUGCUGCUGAAGGUCUCAGGGCUGGCGGAGCAGCUGGAGGAGCGGCUCUUCCACCUCUACGGCCUCCACAAUGAGCUGAUCCAGGAGCGGCUGCAGGAGCUGGCAGAGGUGAUGGAGCGAGUGGGGCAGGCUGAGGCCGAGCUCCAGCAGGUCUGCCGCACCGUGGAGGCGGCCUACCGAGACCUCUGCCUGCAGCCCGAGACCUGAUACGGGCCCCAAAUCUGCAGGGAUCCCCCCCAAACUCGCAGGAGCCCCCCUGGCCCCCUCCAGCCCCCCUGUGGCAGCCCGCUGUUCCCAUGAGUGGGACAUGCGUCACCUGCUGCUGCUGCUGUUCUGAGGUGGCUGUGAGCAGGAAAGGGGGAUUUUGGCCCAAAAGGGCUUUUCCGUUGCUGUUGAUGUUUGGAUUUAUCAUGAAUAAAAAGAGCAAAAAAGCCCCAAAG